CGGAAGUCCGCCGCGGCGGCGCGGGGGCGGCCGGGAGCCCGGAAGUCCGCGGAUGGCGGUGGGUCCCGGCUGCCGGGCGGUCCGGGGCUGCCCGCCAGCAUUAAAAAGAGCAUUUUCACUGCAUAAAUCACACUCAGUAAAGGACAUGGAAAAUACUUUACAGCUGGUGAGAAAUGUGGUCCCUCCGCUAACCACCAAGAAGCACAAAGGGCAGGAUGGAAGGAUCGGCGUGGUGGGAGGCUGCCGGGAGUACACUGGAGCCCCCUAUUUUGCAGCAAUCUCAGCUCUCAAAGUGGGCGCGGAUCUGUCCCACGUGUUCUGCACCCAGGAGGCCGCGCCGGUGAUCAAGUCCUACAGCCCGGAGCUGAUCGUGCACCCCAUCCUGGACAGCCCGGAGGCCGUCCACGAAAUGGAACAGUGGCUGCCCCGACUGCAUGCCCUGGUGGUGGGGCCCGGCCUCGGCAGGGACGACGCUCUGCUGGGAAACGUCAAGGGCAUUCUAGAAGCAUCCAAGGCCAGGGGUGUCCCCGUGGUCAUCGACGCAGACGGGCUCUGGCUUAUUGCCCAGCAGCCAGCCCUCAUCCAGGGCUACCGGAAGGCGGUCCUCACCCCCAACCACGUGGAGUUCGGCAGACUGUCCGAGGCCGUGCUGGGGGCGCCCCUGGAGGGAGGGGACGGUCACGGAGCAGUGCUGAGACUCAGCCAGGCCCUGGGCAACGUCACCGUGGUGCAGAAGGGGGAGCAGGACGUGAUCUCUGAUGGCGAGCAGGUGCUCGUGUGCAGCCAGGAGGGCAGCGGCCGCAGGUGCGGGGGGCAGGGGGACCUCCUGUCGGGCUCCCUGGGCGUCCUGGCACACUGGGCCCUCCGGACCGGCCCCCAGAAGACUGGCGGGCCCAGCCCGCUGCUCGUGGCCGCCUUCGGCGCCUGCGCCCUCACCCGGCAGUGCAGCCAGCAGGCCUUCCAGAAGCACGGACGCGCCACCACCACCUCUGACAUGGUCGCCGAGGUCGGGCCCGCCUUCCGCAGGCUCUUCGAGGCCUGAGCUGGAGCCGCUGGAGGGCGGGUGCCGUCCGCCCGCCACCUCCAGGAGGUCUGCGCUGUGCAGGCUGACACAACGCCAGUUUGGAGCUUAGCACUUUCUGCCUAAACUGAUACGGGACGGUGCUGGCGAACUCUCCUCAGCCUCUGUAGCGUCAGAAAAGAAUUGCGUGACGAGGCGGUGAUGGCGGCUCAGCCGGGCCAUGGGCUCCGCUACUGCCUGGAGCGGACCCCGCGUCUGAGCAUCGUGUUCCUGUGAGAAGGGCCCUCGCUAGCAGGCCUCUCGGGGGUCCUGUCUCUCGUUCCCAACUGUCUGUGAAGUCAUGUUUUCUUUUUAACUUGAGGUCCUGCAAAGGCUGUGGUGUUCAUUCUUUAGCUCAUUUUGCCAUUUUAAACGGUUAUUAGGUCGGACACAUCAGGGCAGAGAUAUUCAGCAUUGGUUGGUUAAUUGGCUGAAGUUUUCCAGAAUAGUCAGCGGUCUGUCAGAACUGGAAAUCCUGGAGGCCCCUGGGGAAACCACCAAAGUAAAUGACGGAGCCUGGCCCCCGAGUGUGCAGGGCAGCCCUGGGACACCUCACUUUGACGUGUCCAUGCAAAGGCAGGCGUGGUGAUGGGCCCCAGGUGAGUGGUGCCCAGGGCUCCCAGGUCAGGGCCCAGGUGGGGGCCCAAGCUGCCCUGCACUUGCUGGAGGGGCCGGACAGCGGGGCCUCUGCCUCAGGGCGGGGGCGGGGGCGCUCUCAGGAACGUUCAGAACGUGUUCUCUGUAUUGAGUUGUCUUGUCGGCAUCGGCUCAGCCUAUGUGGCGCUUGGUGGCCCGUCUCGUUUCUCCGUGGGGUCGAUUACAGCGCGUGGCCCUGAGUGCGCUAUCCACAUGCUUUCUGUGGGGCGGGUCUGGCCCGUGUCCGUAUGUCUGUCCUCAGUGACCCCUGCUCUCCAUUUGGACAAAAGAUCCUGCUUGCUUUGAAUAGCUUGGACUUAAGGUUUCUUUAAAACUGUGGCUCACUUACGUCUAAUCGUAGAAAAGCUUCACUACUGUCGUGGACUUUUCUUCUUUUGGGGAAUUACACCUAAAUCACGGUCGUUAUUAAAGGGCAGACGUGGUUG